AUGCAUUAUGGUGUACGUACAGCUCGCAGUAUGAUAAAGUAUCAUGACUAUUGCUGGUAUGGACGGCAUAAAAAGUGGCCCGCGAAGCAUGUGAUAUGUGGCAUCAGCUAUGCUUGUGAAAAUACGCCUGGUUUCUUGCUACUUGAGAGUUUUACGUUUCUGAAGCGUACUUACCCAUCUUUUGCGCGUAAGUUUACACGAAGUUCAAGAGUCGAAUAUUUUUUGCGCGAGAACGCAAGUUGCUCGGCUAUCAAUCCUUGA